AUGGAGGUAGCCAAACAACUAACCUACGGACUUAAUUUAAAACGAUGCUUAAAGAAUGAGGACUUGUUGAGUUUGAAGAGGCAGAACCUGAAGCCGCUAAAAAAUAUUUUCAACAUAACCAAGGGGAAGGAUGAGAGGAACGAAAAGAAUGAGACAGAGGAGGGAGGAAAGCAACCAAAGGAAACAGACAGGAAGGAAAAGCAUGAGAGAACAGGGGAGUUGAUGAGUUUUUCCGAAUUCUGUGCAGACCCCAAUUUAGUAGGAAGCUAUAUGAAGGGUAAUAAAAUAAACGUCGAGUUUGUCAACUUAAGUGGUAGCGUGGUUCCCAUCCGUUUCUUCGAGGACAUUUCAGAGGAGGCAAGUGCAGAAGACAUCAAGGUAAGCGGCAUACCUCUCGGAUCAGUGGAAGAGAAAAUCAGCGAGGGAGGCCCCCCCCAUGUUGAGAAGAGAACUCAUCUCGAAAGGACCAUCCUUCCAAGGAGUGACUACCAAAAGUUGAUUAUCACAAUUAAAGACACCUUUGCAUUUAAGAACCCAACGAACAUUCAGCAGAUUUGCAUCCCCACGAUUAUGAGGGGGUGGAACACCAUCUGCAUUUCUCAGACGGGCAGUGGGAAGACCUGCGCCUUUUUGAUUCCCCUCCUGGUUCGGCUAGUCUGUUCAAGUAGAGAAGAAGAGGGGAAGCAGCAGAAGGGGGAGAAGCAAAAGGAGGAGAAUAAGCAAAAGGGUUUACAUUUCCCUCCGGAGAAGGACAACAACCAUGAAUCAGACGUGGAAGAGAAAAAAAGUUCCACUCCCAUUCGAAGCCUAAUCAUUGUGCCCACUAACGAACUGGCUAGCCAAAUACACGAACACGCACUGGUCCUGUUUGAGGCGUUUCCACAGUUUGCGCUUCUACAUUUGACGAAGGAAGACCAAGUGACAGAGCAGGAACCCAUAGAUGUGUGCAUCUGCACCCCGUUUAUACUGAUUCACCUAAUUGAAAGGAAAAAAGUCACCUUGUCCAGAUGUAUGCUCGUCGUCUUUGAUGAAGUGGAUAAAUUAUUUGAGGUAAACUUUUUGAAUCACGUGAAAAAACUGCUAGUAGUAAUUCAGAAACGAAAGAUGCAGAAGGUGUUUACCACGGCAACGCUACCAGGUAGCACCCGCUCCUUCAUCAGCACCCUCUGUCCCACUUACGCACUGGUGUACUCUGGCCAAAGUAUUAACUCAGUUAAUAGGAAUGUGAAGCAGGAGUUGCUUUAUGUGAACAGCGAGGAUGAAAAAAGUUUGGUGUUGCGGAACUUGGUUGUGGGUGGCGGGCUGCACAUCCCCAUCCUGGUAUUCGUGAACGGCGUGGAGAAGGCGAAAAAGGUGCACGCCACGCUAAGUCGCGCGGUGAGCGGGGUUAGCAGCGUUGGCAAGGUUGGCAGCCUUGGAGAGCCUGGAGGCGUUAGCGCUAUGAGGGGAGGUGUAAAGCCGCCACACGUCGCCCUGUUGACGUCCGAAAGAACCAAAGAGGAAAGGAUGCAGGUUUUUAAGCAGCUGAGAGAAGGACACGUGUGGUACCUAGUGUGUACAGACGUUUUGAGUAGAGGAAUCGACGUUCCUGGCAUCGAAACAGUAAUUAACUAUGACGUCUGUUAUGACAAGUACAGUUACAUCCACCGGGUGGGACGGGCGUGCCGCUCAGAGGCGGAGGGAGGAAAGGCCAUCACCUUUUUUAUGCAACAGGAUGUUAGAUACAUGAAGGACAUCGUCAAGUUCGUCAAGAGCAGUGGAACGGAGGUGCCUGCCUACCUGCAGAACUUCCCCUUUAAGGAGGUGCGCGGGUUGGGCUUCCACACGAGGGGAAAGAAGAACGACGCUGUGAAAGGGAAGCAGACUGAUAUGAAAAGGAAGAAAACCCGUGUGAAAGGGAAGAAAACCGGUAUGAAGGCAAAAAGAUCGGGUUUUAAGGCGCACAAAUCGAGUACCAAGAAGGCGUAA